UCAUCGAGAAUUUGGUCAAAUCAAAGCCACCCUAAAAAUUAAAAUUGAUGAAAAGAGCAAUGUUCCUGGAGCUUCCUUCCCAGGUCAACCAUUGUUCCCAUCCCAUUCCUCUGCAUCGUUAACAACGAGGCAUCCGAUACUCAAAUCAGCGAUUCCUCCGAAGCUCGUUCGCUCUCUAUCUCUCUCUCAAAUAUUCAUUUCUUCUAAUUCUCUGGUUCUUCUUAUCUAUCUUGAAAUUCAGACGAUUGCCAUGAAUUCCGCUACUCAAACAAUAGCGUCAUUUAUCGUUUUGCCUAAAUCUCCACCGACAUUUAGGAAACCAACUCGUGAGAUUCUAUCUGGGUUUCCUUUCAAUGGACGUGAGACGUUCGGAAAACUCUAUGCCGUCUCUUCUAACGGCUCUGUUUAUCCCUCUCUUUCCCAAGGGGUUGAAUCAUGUUCAACAGGAGAUAAUCAUGAGAAGAGAAGCAGUCUUGAAUCUCUGUUUUGUUAUGAUAAGCCUAUACCUGAAGAAAGAAUCGAGAAGCCUGUUGGGAUCUCUUUAGCUGAAAAAAUGAUUGGAAGUAAUCCUCGAUGCCCAGAUUGUCAAGCUAAAGGUGCAGUCCUUUGCAUGACUUGCACUGGUUCGGGCUUAUAUGUUGAUUCAAUUCUGGAGAGCCAGGGCAUUAUUGUCAAAGUUCGCUGCCUAGGUUGUGGAGGAACCGGUAACAUAAUGUGCUCAGAAUGUGGUGGCCUAGGUCAUCUCGGACCCAAAUGACUUGUGUGGUUUGAUUCUAUUCCCUCAAUUUUGCUGUCGCCUGCUACUGUAUUUGGCUUUAAUAUUGCAAUACUAAUACACGUACUUUUAGUUAUACAGCAUUUCAAUUGUACUUGAAUCAUUACUUAUAAAAAAAAUUGUACUUGAAUCAUUAAUUGCUGAUAUGAGAUAAAAUUCAAAUGGUCA